GUUGAAUGAUCUUUAUUUGAACGAUCAGGAUCAACAGCUUUUCUUCCGCAUACCAUCGUUCUCUCUUCUGGCAGUUAGUCAUACUAUAAUCCAUCACACCAAGUCUAACAGCUUCACCUGAGCCAUGGAAAGUCAAGAUAUCUUCGAUCUGUAUACUUAUUGGUGCUCCUCAUGCUGCCAGCGGAUCAUAAUUGCUGCUCAUCUCAAGGGCAUCCCUCUCCAAUUCAAAUACCUCGAUAUGGGUACAAGAGCGCACCAUGAACAGAAGUACAAGGAUGAGCUGAAUCCAAGUGCUAGCAUUCCGACAUUGGUUGUGCAUCACCCUGACGGCGAGAAAACCAUCAUCAGACAGUCCAUGACGAUCCUAGAGUACUUUGACGAGCGAUUCCCGGACCGAAGCCCUCUGCUGCCGCCUGUUUCUGCCUGGCAGGACCGCAUCAAAGUCCGCGACUUGGUCAACAUCAUCGCGAUCGAUGUACAGCCACCAACGAAUUCCCGCAUCGCUAAACGCGUCAGGGCUGUACAGGACAAUGUGCAGGACCAGAUUGCAUUUGUCAGGCAGGCCUUCACGGAUGGGUUCCAGGCAUAUGAAGCCUUGAUUUCUCCGUCAAGCAAGUAUUCUUUCGGCGAGCAGGUGACUAUGGCCGAUGUUGUGUUGGUCCCCACGGUCGAUCAGGCGUUGAUGUACAAAAUGACCUUGGAUUUUGCGCCCAACGUCCUAAGGGUGUAUAAUUCGCUGAAAGAAUUGGAGGCGUUCAAGGCCGGCGAUGGGAAAAACCAGGGCGAUACCCCAGAGCAGUUCCGGUCAACUUCUCAGUGAAAUCCUAAGCUGCUGCGUGUCGGGUGGUUCGUAUUUGACCUGUACUAUCAGUGUCUAUCGAGACACGUUUUUUCUUUGGAGUAUAUGCCAUAGAAAGUCGCCGGUGUUGUAAUCAAGCCGACAAUGAAAGAUG